AUGCUACUCUAUGCCGCAGGUUCGAAUGGGCAAGGUCAACUGGCCAACGGCACUCGAGACGAUGCACACACAUUCACACUCUGUUCUUUCACGGGAUAUCCUGCUGGUGAAUUACCUCCAUCGACGACCUGCAUCCACUCUAUUGCCAACGGAGGCAACCAUACACUCGUCCUCCUGUCUCGACUUGGUGUCUCUUCCGAGUAUCUUGAGCUAUGGGGCUCAGGUGAUGGCUCGAAGGGACAACUCGGACCUGGGGUAACCGAGCUCCACACUUUCAAUCGAAUUCACCUGCCGCUGGAGGAGCAUGGGUUGACGGAUUAUACAGUGGCGAGGGUGGGAGCCUCCUGGGAGACAAGCUUCGUCGUGCUCGUGAAGGAUGGGGAGAGCGACAUUCUGAUCUCUCUGGGAGGCAAUGAUUUCGGUGAUCUGGGCGUCGGGACGGCGAAUGUUCAGCCUGCGCCUUUUUAUGUUGUCUCCCUAUCGCAUAUUGUGGAUCCUCAGCAUCGAAUCUCUAUACUGGACCUCGCUACUGGACCCCAUAAUAUCAUCCUUCAUGUCCGUGAAAGCUCUGAAGAUGGUCGUCAGACGGAUCAUAUCAUCGGCUGGGGCAAGUCGAGACAUGGUCAACUCGGAGCUAUACCACCAUUAUCCACCGGACGACCAGUGCCGUAUCUUACCCUACCACACGCCCUGUCGCUUGACUUUGACCCGUCUCAUGUCCGCGCCAUAGCCCUCGGCCACCAACAUUCUGUGUUUCUGCACUCGGAUGGCUCGCUCUAUGGCCUUGGAUCUGACCAAAAGGGCCAGCUCCGUGGUUUGCCUUCGGUACGGCGAGCCACAUCUGUCGGAUGUACAUGGAAUGGAACCUAUGUGCUUGUGAGCGAGGGCGAUAAUAGGAGUAUGUUACUCUCUUCUGGGAGUUCUACGAAGGGACAGCUUGGCCGUACCGCUGCCUUGGACGACGCGGGAAUGAAAACAGUCCAGUUUCCCUUCACUUUGUUCACGGAUCGUGUCGAGGGCCUCGCUUACGGGAGCGAGCAUCUACUCGUCCUUUUGUCUGGUGAUCCGACGUCAACACCACGGACGGGAGAGGUAUGGGGUUGGGGGUGGAACGAGCAUGGUAAUCUUGGGACUGGGUCUCUGGAAGACGUUCAUACACCCCGUAAGGUGUGGCCGCCAUCGUCGCCUGGAAUUCAUGGGCGUGCUCUCGGAGUGUGGGCUGGUUGUGGAACGAGCUGGAUUGCUGUGGCGGAUGACGAUGACACGAGAUAA